AUAGUUUUUCACUCGCAACUAAAGUUAUCGAUAGAAAUAUCGCUUCAUCGUAUCGGUAACUGUUUUUCAAUUCUACCUGCUCACAUGCUCUCAUAAGACUCAUCUUCUCAUCUGUGAACCUGGACACCACUUAACCCAUUCGCGUCGCCCCUCCAAUCCACAGCACCUCGGCUGCAUUAUUGCAGAUUGUACUCUGCUUGCCGUCCCGCUUUCAAUUCACAUCGACACGGUACUCAUUGCAGUUCACGUUCUCAUCAAAAGGUCACGCAUCAAUAUGGCAUCCGAGCCCCGCAAAAGAGGCGCGUUUAUCGUGCUCGAGGGUCUCGAUCGCAGCGGCAAGACGACCCAAGUCAAACUUCUCGAGCAGCGGUUCAUCGAGGCAGGCCGGCCAGCAAAGACUAUGCGCUUUCCAGAUAGAUCCACAGUCAUUGGCAAAAUGAUUGAUGGCUAUCUCAAGAGCGACGUGGAGGUAGAGGAUCAUGUCAUCCACCUCCUGUUCAGCGCCAAUAGGUGGGAAGCAGCGCACUCGAUUGAGAGGCUGUUAAAUGAAGGGACGACCAUUGUCUGCGACCGUUACUAUCACUCAGGGAUAGUGUACUCUUACGCCAAAUCAAACCCAUCCAUGCCGCUCUCCUGGCUUACAGCCCCUGAAAGUGGGCUGCCGCGCCCUGACGCCGUCUUGUUCCUGGAUCUUACGCCGGAAGAGGCGAGGGCGCGAGGCGGAUGGGGCAAUGAGAUAUACGAGAAAGAGGAGAUGCAGAAGAAGGUGGGCGAGGCCUUCCGGCAGCUUGGCGGUGUCGUCGACGGUGGGGAGAUUGAGCGGGAUGAGGAUGUCGUCGUCGUGGACGCCGGCGGGAGCGUAGAGGACGUUUCUGAGAAGAUAUGGAGCGUAGUAGCAGGGGCUCUGAACGCGGUGGAAAGGGGGGAGAAGGGGGGAGUGAGAACGGUGCCUUGA